AUUUGUACAGCCUCUUUCAACAAACUUUUAGUUUAGGGUAGCCAAAAAGUCUUUAUGAAAAUCGCAUUUCCAAUGAGUUUUUAUCUAGAAAUUCAGAUAUGAUGGUAAUGGUCACCAUCAAAAAGAUGUCAGUGUCAAUUUUAUAAAUAUAAUAUCAACUUGUACCUAAAACUUACUCUGUGAUUAAUAUUUUCAGACACUUUCGUAGUUAAUUUUGUGUUCAUAUACUCUUUGUUGACUCAUAAUAAAACAAGUGACGAUAAAAAAUAAAUAAAUAAUUAAUUAAGUUUAAACAAAGUUCGCUUUUGUUAUCCAGCUUCAUCAGUGCGUAAACGUGGUUUAUUUUUUUGGAAUCGUGAAUUGACCUUGAAGACAAAACUACCUAGGUUUUUGAAAGAGCCGAGGAGUCGUCCCAUAACACUCGUGGUACGGAGGUGGUACGAACGUGCGACCAACAUGGCUGGGUUGUUAGAUAGUCUUGUGGAUAAAUAUAAUUAUUAUGUACAUGAAUUGGCUGAUCCAAGGACGGCACAAUGGUGGGGCAUAUCCAAUCCCUUCAUCAUCCUAUCGAUAGUUUCUUCCUACCUCUACUUUUGCAAAAACUGUGGACCCAAGUUCAUGGAGAAAAGGCCAGCUUAUGAGUUGAAAACAGUGCUUUUCCUGUACAACUUAUUUCAAGUGGGAUUCAGCUUAUUUCUAGUUUACACGGGCAGCUACUACAUAAUUUCUAAGGAUUACAACCUAGCGUGUGAAACUAUUGACUACUCAAACAGCCCAAGAGGACUUGGCAUUGCUGGAGCGGUAUGGUACUAUUUCUUCGCUAAGAUCACGGAACUUCUCGACACAGUCUUCUUCGUUUUAAGAAAGAAGAACAACCAAGUGACCUUCCUCCACGUUUACCAUCACACACUCAUGUCGCUCGUCAUCUGGUUUGGAGCGAAAUACUUCCCAGGUGGACAUACGAUUUUAAUGGGCUACCUGAACUCGAUGGUGCACGUCAUCAUGUAUGGGUACUACCUGAUCUCCAGCCUUGGGCCUGAGUACCAGAAGUACGUGUGGUGGAAGAAGCACGUCACAAUGAUACAACUGAUCCAAUUCUUGAUAAUCUUCGUUCACAACGCCGCCGUGUUCUUCUACGAGUGCGACUUCCCGCGAAUCCUGAACUUUUUAUGCCUGCUCAAUGCCGUCGCGUUCAUUUAUAUGUUUGGGAAAUUCUACAUCAACAGUUACAAGAAAAAUAACAGUAAAAGAAAAUUAGAAACUGAGAAAGUGUCUCCGAUUGUGAAUAAUGUCAGUAGUGGUAGGCGAAAGGUUGUCGAGAAGUCCCGGUAACGUUAGGCACUUAUAUUUAGGAAGUACAUUUCUAAUGUUCUAGUUCAUAUUAUAAUUAUACAUGUGGUUUAGCUAUGAUCUCUAUAUCAAGAAUUGCUUUCGAGAUAACCUCCUGUACCCGUGGUGAUUAUUCAAUUCUGUAAACGGUCUGACACAAUAUUCAACUGCUUGCGUUCAUAAGAGCAAAGGGUUUACUUUUAGAGGCAUUGGGCACUAAAACCAAUGCUCGUCACACAAAUGCUUCACCCAAAACUGGAGAUCGAACCCUGGACCUCCGGUUAAGCAGUCAGGGUCACCACUAGUAUCUUAGGUUCUGAAACACAACAACCAGCCUUUAGACGCAGAUUAAUGAUUAUUUAUAUGUAAGGUAAAUUGAUCCUUGUUUAAUAGAAAUAUACAUAGUUAUAUUAUUGCCGAAGAGAGAGAUCUCUAUACUACAACGUAUUCUACUGCCACGAUCGCGCAACUAGAAUGAUAUUCCUUCUAAGAGAUGGCCGUGGAACUUUUACUCAUAAUAAAGAUUGAUAUAGGAGUUGAUUCUGUCUUUGUGAGAAAUACCCUUUACCUUUCUGUAUUCAUAAUCAUUUAUCUGCCAAAGACACUUUUGGCAUAUAAAUGUGUGAAUCUACCUAACGAAAGUUCAAAUACACCGGGCUUUCCAAAUUAAUUAAGAAACAUUAAUAAAAUGAAAAAUAAAAACAUUAAUUAUGUUUUUUAUUGAAAAUAGUACAUUCUGAAAUUCGUUUCAUUUAUAAUUAUGUUCAUGUCAGCGACAACAGUGUAUGAUAAAAAAAGCUUUGUACCAAAUGAAUAAAAUAUUUAAAAUUAAAA